GCGAAUCGUGGUGUACGUUUCGUGCACAGUAAAACAUAAAUAAUGAUUCUUAGAAAAUAUAUUUUACUAAUGUGCGAUAAAAAAACUCGUGCCUAUUCUAAAAUAUCAUGAUUAACGUGUGAGUCAUAUAAUUUAGGUUUAAGUGAGCGUUAAAAUGGACAAGAAAAAUGCUAUUCGGAGAGGCAAGAGGCCAUCCAAAGCUCUCGAAGAAAAUUAUUGGGAUUGCAGCGUGUGUACAUACAGGAAUAACGCUGAAGCUUUUAAAUGCUCAAUGUGCGACGUUAGAAAAGGAACAUCAACCCGUAAACCUCGUAUCAACCCGGCGUUGGUCGCUGCGCAGGCGGCCGGCACGGCCCCCACCAGCUCGCAGAAACGACCGCGGUCCGCCAAUUCACUCAAAAAGAAACGACGCCAGCCACGACUCAAUAACGUGGAUAGAAGUUCCGCGCAAACUAGAGAGGUAACUGUAAGCGGCGUGACAGUUGUUAUAACAGAGUAUAAACCUAAGAAGUCAGUAUCGAGCAGUUCCAGUGAUGUCGAAUCUUCGAACGAAGCGCGACCUUGAUUACUUUCAUUGAUGACCUUUUUAUACUUUAUUAGUAUCACUUUGUCAGCUGACUUGACGGAAGACCAAUUGGUCUCGACUUGUAUGGAAUCAGAUGACGAAUUUAUGUCUCGUUUAUUCAAAUUUCGAACGUAAUUUCGAAUUUGAAAUAUAACGUGUGAUUCUAAAUUAAAUUUGAUCUCGAAUUUUCGAAAGUACUUCAAUCGAAAUCUGUAUUCCGGAUUUAAAAUAAUAUUAUGUUCUAAUCAGAUUGGUAUUUUUUUAAAAAAAAGUUGUUUAUAGGUCAUUAAAGAUCACAUUUUUUCAUCCCAACUUAUUGACAACUAUUACCUUUAUAGUGUGUAUUCUUAGUGUAGUUUAACUUUUGAUUCGUAGUAUUUAUUCUUUUAUUAAUAUCUAAAUUUUAAUAAUAAAAAUAAAAAAGCUGCCAUGUAAUUGCUUUGAAAUUAAUUUAUAUCUAUGUAUUUAUUGAUGUUUGAUUUUGUGGCCAUUUUAUAUAUCAUUCUUUGAAACUAAUCCCAUCCUCUACGUAGAUACCGAUUUCCCCCUUAGUUUAAAUAAAAUGGAUAAAGAUGCAUGAUGGGUAUUAAGUUUCUGGUCUUAGUUUUCAAGAAUGUUUGUAUAAUAAGAAGAGACCAGCUUGGCACUGCCGAAGAGUAAGAAAUGUAAAUAGAAAUCGUUUGAAGGACUAGUACAGAUUAUUGUAAUAAAAACCUUUGUCUAUUUAAUGCGCUACGUGUCCAUACAAUUGAAGACUUUUUACAAAAUUUUAUCGACGGGAUCUGUACAUUGCUAUUUUCGUAACAGGAUUCAGGUGAUAAAAGUUUUCGAAAUGUUAUAGCAGUUAUAUGAAUUUACAUACUAAAAUGUCACGUUACACGCACAAAUAUUUGCUAACGACAAUAGAACCAAAAAGGACCAGAGCUGAUGAAGUUUUUUGAUCGUUUAAAUCUACAUAGCGAUCACAAUUUUUGUGAUUUUCAACUCGAGAAACGUAAUAUUGCAGUAUUUACAAUAUGAUGGUUUUUUUUUUUAAUGUUAUACGGAGAAAUUACAAUAGAUGGAUUUCCGGUCUUCGAUAAAUACGUUCUACUUGAGGUACCGAAUUAUGCAGACUGCGAAUAUUUUAUUUAUUAGGUUUACUUACAAUCACUUACACGAAUAUUUAAAGCAAAAAUUAAUACAAACUUAUUAUCUAAGUGUAGAGAUUAAUUUAAAGUAAACACAACAUGCGAGUGAAAAACGGAAACCACUUCAUAAAUACAAAAAUAUAUAUAUAUUUGGUCACUGUAAUUAUUGUUCCACACUAUAUAUACACAAUAGCGAAUAACUUGACAGCGCGAUUCAGAAAUGUGACAUAUUGAAUAGCGCCAUCUAUCGCUAUCGGGUUGUAACAUGAUUAUACAUAACGUUUGUAUGAAAAUAUGUAACCAAUGUCAGGCGAUUAUUUUUGGUAAAGCAGUCUGCGGUCUUGAGUGCCAGGUCAAUUAUACCACAUAUUAUCAACGAUAACGUUUCAACAAUCGACAAGAUUCGAACAUAAUUCGUCGAACGCGGCGUUUUUUAUCACAAAUUGUAUCUAUGUUUUCUUGUAUAUAUAUUUUUUUGUUUGUUUGAGGGUAGAACAUAUUUUGAGCCAAAACACUAGAUUAUAUUGUGUUCGAAGCGUUAAAUAAGUAUUUAUUCUAGCUUUAAGUUUUUCGUGUAGGAUUAAUUUGAAAAUAUCACAAAAAAACAUUCGAUGACGGUGCGAUAGAAUGUUCUAGUAAUAAUUUGUUUUUUAGACGUUCGCUAAUCGAAAUGUCGCCAUUUUGUUAUCGUGUGUGGUUUUCGUGUUUUUUGUUUUUAAUAGUUUCUGAACGAUGUAAAAAACGCUAGACGUCAUUCUGUAAUAUAUUAUUUCAUGAAUAAAUAUUUGUAAAAUGUAUAUUUUGCGAAGACGAUGCAGUAUUUUUAUACGGUUCCCUUAGUAACGAAUUUAGAAAACCCAUGUAUGCUUAUGUUAGUAAUUAUGCAUAACGACGCCAGAAUUAUUGUUUAUAUUAAAUAAAUGUAUAAUAUCGAUGUAGUAAAUUAUUCGUGCUGUAUCUAGAAAGAAUAUAAAAUUGGGUUGCUUGUGUAUGUGUGUGUGUGUGCAACUGUGCAUGCAAUUCUGUUUAUCUUCUCUCAAAUCAAAUCUUUCGGCGUUUUGUAACACAGAAUGAGUAUUUACUCAUUGCCAUAGCUUUUUCUACCAAAACGUAGAAUUUUGCUACUCCAGGGAUACACUUUCAUAAAAUCUUCCUUAGUGCUAGCUAACCUUUGUCGUUUUGGACUUUGCGUUUAUAUGUCAAUCAGUCAAUAAACAGUCAUUUAUUUUAAAAUGUGAUAGUGUAGUUUUAUUUUUUAUUUUACAUAAUGGAAUUCAAUUAGAUUCUUAACUUAAAGGCUUAGCUGUAUCAACAGUAGUGCGAUUCUGUAAGAACUCACUCGUAAAAUGUUGACGACCGAAUUACGAUGAUAUACUAUUUUGCGUGUGUAUAUGUAAUAAUUAUUCUGAUAAUAUUACUUUGUGACAUUUCACGAGCGUUUUCCGAGGUGAGUUUCGAGUCUGUUCUUAUAGAAUAGCCGUAAUGGACUACGGACUACCAGAUUAUAUCGACGAUGUCACUUCAUAGCACAGAUUUUUUUGUGAUCCCUAGUUUGACAUGUCGUGACGUUUUUUUAAUUUUUUUUUUUACUUUUUAAUUGCGUAUGAAUUCAAGGCUAAGUUUUGACAUAAUUACUAACAUAUAACUAAAUAGUGAAAUAGUUGAACACCAAUUUUUAAUACGAAAUAAUAAGCGUUUGUAAUGUAUUAAAAUUAUUAGGAAUUUUGUAGCGAAUGGAAAAUUAUUCGUAGUUAAUGUUACAAUUGUUUUUUUUUUAUAUAUAUAUAUACAGUAAUAUCUCGAUAUAUAAAAAAUAUAACGUAAGUCAGAGCGCAACUUAAUUUAUUUUUCUCGACUAUAUUAUAAUUUAUUUCGUAUUUUUAUAAAUAAUGCUGUUUAUUUGUAAGGUUUUAUUUAUUUAUUAUAUAAUCUGUAAUGCAAAUAAAUAUUAUAAUAUAAUUUACUGUAAAGUACUGUCUAAAACUAAAAAAAAAAGCAAAAGUAAUAAAUUCAAUAAUAAUAAUAAAUAUUUUUUUAAAGAAAAUUGCCUACGUUAAAACGAAUUGACUGUACUUGCAAACCGGUAUUCGUAAGUGUGAGUAUUACUGUGUAUAUAAUUGUACGUCUUAAUGUCAACAUAAACACUUUUUUUUUUUAAUAUGAAAACUACGGAUGUUAUAGAAAUGAGAUAAUGAAAAUACAUUUUAGCGCUUGUUUACGUGUUUAUGUUGGCAAGUGUGUGAGGGGCCUUAGGUAAAAUAUAUUAGAAUUGUUCUAAGCGAAUAAUUCAUAACUAUCGUUAUGUUGACUGAUGCCUUUCAUUUUAAUAGACUGAAUUUUGUUAUUUUAAUAAUUUCAUGUAAAAACAAUUUUAAUUUAUAACGAAAAUACAUGUUUAAAUUGUGACAAAUAUGAUAGUUUUGUAAUCAUGUGACAUAAAACGAUAAAAGAGUCGAACCUUAAAUGUUAAUUAUUUUUCUUUUUUUUUAUUCUUAUUUAACUCAAAGGUCGUUGGACAUAAUUCUUUUGAAGUUUUUUCUCACAUGGUUUUUUUGGUGUUUACAUAAAAUUUACAUUUCAGCUAAAUGUUAAAUUAAUUUGUAAAUAUAGCGCUAAAUGUUAAUUAUUUUUAAGACCAAUAUCGAUGUACUGUAUUGUAUAUAAAGAAUGUGGAAACUAA